GCACGAAUCAUCAACAAUUCAAUGAACAGAAGUGUGGAACAUUGACUAUAGUUUUUUGGUGGAAGGGUCAUCAAAACUUCAAAAGUCAUUGAAAUAUAAAUAAACUGAUAAAAUCGCUCGUUCGUCUAUGUAUAUCAGCCUAUCGCCUAGAAAUGCUUGAAUAAACUGUAUUAUGACUUCUUCCGAAAAUUGUUUGUGUUGGGAGAUAUAAUAUUUACAUUUCUUCAAUUCUGUCAUAACCUUAGACGAAGUACAAUAUUUUCAGCGCCAUAAACAACUAAUCAACUAUACGGAGUGUUUACUGUCAUUUAGGAUGGCUGAUGUGCUAGAUUUACAUGGCGAGAAUGACUUCGAAGAAGACGCAGAUGGUGAUCAUGGUUUAAUGAAAUUGAAGGAAAGUGCAAAAAAAAGAAAAGGCAGAGGAUUCGGAGCUGACUCAGUCGGAACGACAAAAGAAGGAUAUGAAUCUCUAGUAGUGGAUGACGGAUCGUCAAAAUCAGGACCUCAAAGAUCCGUAGAAGGUUGGAUAUUGUUUGUAAGGAAUGUACAGGAAGAAGCUACGGAAGAAGAUAUUCGAGAUAAAUUCUGUGAAUAUGGCGAUAUAAAAAAUAUACACCUUAACCUUGACCGGCGAACUGGUUAUUUAAAAGGAUAUGCAUUAGUAGAAUAUGAAAAUUUCAAGGAAGCUUUUACUGCUAUGGAACAUCUAAAUGGUUCUGAGCUAAAUGGUCAAAGAAUCCAUGUGGAUUGGGCGUUUACAAAAGGUCCAAAUCCAGUCAAAAUGUCAACCAAACACAGAACACGUGAACGUAGUCGAAGUCGAUCAGUUGACCGUGCUCGGCGAUAAUUGUACACUCAUGCUCUAGAUAAAAUGUUUUUUUACAUAUCUUAAAUACCUUUUUAUCAAACAAUCAGCGUCGGCUUGAUCUCUUUCGUUGCAUUAUUAGUUGUUUUAAGCUACACCUAUUCGAGUAAAAAACGUUUGUAUUCCUUAACUGCUUCACCAUUUAAAUCAUGUAUCAUUAACCGA